CAACAGUGUCAUCACUAAAUGCAUUUCUUUCAACCGCUAUGCCUAACAACACCAAUUCCGAAGAAGAUGAGUCGACGACCCCGGGCUCCAGUUUGCAUGGCUCUAGCAUUUUGCUGGAUGCCAACUCAACGAAACGGAAAAGCGCAUUUUUACCCUAUCGUCCACAGACCACUGUGCUUACCAAUCUGCAGCGCGGUAACACGGAGGCAACUUUCUGUCCCGUCGAAGUUUCGCUGUCGUUUCACGAACGCGCCGGUCAGGGCGAAAUCACUGAGGAACAGGUAAAAGCAGAGCUGACCCGACAACAGAGCAUAGACUUUAAAGAUUCGGCUGGAUUCACACCACUGCACUGGGCCGCUUCCUAUGGCCAGCUGGUGGCGGCUCAACUGCUUGUGGCCGCAGGUGCUAAUGUAAAUAGCGAAGCCCCUGACUUUGUGACCCCUCUGCUGUUGGCUGCUGCCGGCGGCCAUAACGAGAUUGUGCGUUUCCUUAUCGAGCAUGGAGCAAAGAUCACGCAUAUGGAUAUUAUGGGCAAUACGGCAUUGAUGUACGCGGCGGCGGGCAAUCAUCCCCAUACGUGUAAUGAGUUGCUGGCUAAAGAUUUGGAUUUUAGUGCAACAAAUGAGAAUGGCGAAACGGCGUAUGUGUUGGCUGUUGAGCAUGGGGCGCAUCUGGCACAGACGCUGCUGGAGCAGUAUAUGACCGCGAUUUUAACAUCGAAGAACUUUGGUUCGUAGCUUUGAGAUGUUCGUGUGUUUGUGAAGUAGUUGAUAGUCAUCUUAAUAUAAGUGUAGUCUUACUCAGAACUCAAACA